CCCACCCACACGAAGCUCCUCCUUUGAUAACUUACCUUUCUCAUCCUUAUCAGUUACAAUCUCAUCUUUGGACUAUGUUUAUUAUCAACACGGUGAUUUAAUUGUGAUCAUUGUUUUGACAAUUUAAAACACUGAUUAUCAUUGAAAGUUUUUCUCUUUAAAUUGUUUCAUUAAAAAAUCAUCUUGAUUGAUAAUUACAUGUGCAUCAUUAUGCCUGAUUGUUGUGAAGAGAUUAUUUUAAAUGAUGACAAUUUAACUCAACUUUCAAGUGAAUCAAAUCAAUCUAAUUGUGAUGUUGACUCGUUGUUAUCUUCAUCAACAACAAUUAAAACUGAAAAAUGUGAUUCAAAUAUCAAUCAAGAUGGAGAUUUGAUUGAUAUGGAUGAGGAUAAACAUGACGAUGACAAUGAAAAUCGUGCCGAUUGUGUUAAUCCAUUGGAAAAUAAGGUUAAUUGUGACAAAAGAGUUAAAUCAUCUAAUUCUUCAGUUUUAAAUUAUACAAUUGAAAAUCUACUCAAAUCAUCAAGGAAAUUAUCAUCUUCAUCAUCAACAACUUCAUCCUCAUCACCAACAACGGCGAUUUUACAAUCAACAAUCACUGAAACGUCUUUAAUUACUUAUCCAGCUUAUUAUGAUUAUCGGAGAUUUUUACCUUAUUCAAAUGUUGAACAAGUUUGGAAAUAUAUUGUUCCUCAUCAUCAUAAUAGUAAUACGAUUCACUCGAACGGAAAUGGCUCAGGUCCAAUUCGACAGAAUCGAGGUCCUCGCCGACAAAGAACCACGUUCACCCACGAACAGACACUUCGACUCGAAAUGGAAUAUCAUGUCGCAGAAUAUAUUAGUAGAGGCAAAAGAUUCCAAUUAGCUGAUCUACUCGAUUUGACGGAAAAUCAGAUCAAAAUUUGGUUCCAAAAUCGACGAGCUAAAGACAAAAGAAUAGAAAAAGCCAUAAUGGAACAACAGUUCAGACACUUGAGCUCAUCUAAUUUACCUAAACAAGUGAAUCUUCCUAAUUGUUCAACUUGUAGUUACACCAAACACCAAUUUGAAUCAUCGAUGGGGCCGAAUGUACCUUCAUCAAUUCCCGUUAAUUGUGACAAUCAUCAAGAAUCUCAUCUUGCUGUAAAAAAACACAAAUUAAAAAUUGAGGUUCCAACUGAUGAUAAUUAAAACAAUCGCACAAUUAACUUUGCCUUAAUCGCAAAAAAAAGCAAAAUCAAUUGAUUCAAAUUGUUUCCUUUUCUACCUCAAUUGUCAUGACAAUAUAUUGAUAAUCAAUUGAUUGAUUGAAUUUGUUUAACCAGAGAUUUUGAAUAAACUUGAGAUGACAUUAAUUUCCAAUUGUUAAGUGUAAUUAUAUCAUCAUUGUUAUUAAUGAUUAAGAUAAUAGCGUGCAAAGAUAUUAAGGUGUCAAUAGAUUGUUGGGCGAACAAUCAAAGUUAAUUGUGAGUGUUUAAAUACCUUGGAUGGCGAUAGGAACCAGUGGUGAUUAAGGUGUGAUCAUCAUCAUGAUUAUUGUUAUUACACUGAUGAUGAUGUUAAACAUGAAUGUUCAGCUGAAUGAAUUAGUUUCAGCUGCCAGACUAAUUUAGGUCCAAUCGUGUUAAGACAAUCACAAUUUACCUUUUCUCUUCCAUAGGAUAUAACUUGGAAUCACCAUUAAUCCUUAAUUGUCACGCAAACAAUGAUGGUUCACACUCCAUAAACGUGGUUUAUUAAACAUUUAAU